AAUAAACGAUUUUUAAACGUUAACUUAUCACGGACUCUCGAAUGAUCGAAAAAAAAAACUAAACGCGAUGGUUGUUCGGUGUGCAUCUUGCAUGCUUUGCAUCUGAUUCUUUCAAAUCGAAAUCAGCAUUUGAAUUCUACGUGUGUAGCCAGAGUAUCCAAAACAAAGGGGCUAACAUCGCCAAACUUCAGUAGAUUUUCAGUUUUUAGGGAGAGGUGUCAUCAAGCGGUUCGCAGAAAUUUAUGUGCUUAUAAAUUAUUGUCGGAAGUGCUUCAAAACAAAUAUUUAGUGCAAUCAAAGGUAUCACCGUACGUUAAUUUACUCUCGGCAUUACGAAUUCUGCUAAAAAGGCUGGAUUUGGGAUCGUUUUUCGUCGUUUUCACUCUUCCAAUAGAGCGACUUUUGGCUUUUAUCGAAGUAAACAACACCAACACCAGUGCAGUUGCGACAGCUCCCUCGUAACUGUCAAAUACUACCAGCGCCAUCUUGGCACAUACCCGUGUUAGAGGCCGUGGAGUGUGUGAAUGUGCGUGAACCCGCCGCCAGUGUGUAUGAGAAAUUUUCGAUCUCAGCGACCGACCGAACAGUGUUGAAAUAGUAAGCAAGCGUCUUAAACGUGUCAAGAAGACGGUAUGUGAGGAUAAAAUAUUUUCUAUUAUUGACCACAAUAGGAGGUGCAAGUGAGCUUUGAAGUUUCAGUGCGUUUGAUUGCAGAAAAAAACGACUGUUAAAACAAUAAUGCACUAGAUUGAAAGCUAAACCUAGUGCAGUCGGGAGUGCGUGAUUUAUUGGUGCUGUUUUUUUUCUUUCGACUAUCCAACGGCCAGUGCUGUGUGCUACGUGGGGCUAGGGAAGAGUAAAAAUGUAAUCGCCAUUUUUGGACGUUUUCACUCGAACUUGUUAAACAGAUUUAUAGGGUUCUCCGGAGGAGUACAUGAUUUUUACGGUAGAAAUUUUAAAUCAUUUCAAAGCCUCGGUUCAGUCAGGAUGAAUAGAAGUGACGAGAAAGUGCCGAAAAAUCAAUCAAUUGUGUUGAGAAAAAAUUAGUUUGUGACAAACAGGGGAAUAAAUUAUACCCACUUUCAGCAGUGAAACAUGAUGGGAGUGCUACAAUAAGUUAGCGGUGCUCACUAAUCAUUUGCGUUCUACUGAAAGUGUUUUGGAAAAAAAAGAUCAUAUCUUUUUGGGAAGUGUUACCUCUUUUUCACGCGUGAGAAAAAGUAGUGAGUGAGUGAGUGGUACUUCCAAACCUAGCGCAAUGAGCCGUAAUCGCACGAAGGGCGGAGCUGCGGUUACGUCCGCUCCCAAGAAACAACACGAGAGUGGUUUCUACGAGGAGUACUCGUCAUCAGCGCCGUCCGCUGCGGCGGCGCAUAGCAUCAUGAAGGAUCUAAAAAUCUCUGCCAGUAACAAAUCAUCCUCCUCGUCCUCUUCCCGGCAUCAUCAACAUCACCACCAGCAUCGAUACUACGAGAAUUUGAAGUACUACCAACAGCAGCCUGAGCAAAAGCGCAAGGGUGCCUGCGAUUCGAUUGAACCACCGGAUCUGAUCAAUCAGAUCGUGGCGGAUCAGGAGAAGAAACUGUUGCAACAGGCAGCGGCCAGAAAGAAACAGCUGGAGCAGCACUCGAUGGUUAGCAGUAGCAGCAGUAACAGUAGCAAUAAUUGUCACAACAGCAAAUACCUUCAAGUGAGAGAAGCAGCGGUUAUCAUUGAUUCGGAAGACUCCGACAAUGGAGGCGCCGCUAGUGGGAACGAAAGUGCAAGCGAUGGAGAGAUGCACCCGAAGCGGUUGCAUCAUCCCCAAUAUCAGUCGCAGACUCACGGGAACCAUCGUGUGCAAGAGGAGGAGGAGUACGAGGAUGAAGAUGAUGAGGAGGACGGGGAAGAGGAACAAAUCCCGCAGCCGAAAGCGGCACAGGAAACGCCCAAGAAGCGCGGGGAGAAACGCAGCAGCAGUGUGAUCUACAACGGAACGAUUGUCGAUAAGGAAGGGUUGGAGAUGAUCAAGAUUUCCACCAUCAACACCAAAGUAAAACUGUGCGAAAAUGACCGGGUAACUAUCGACGACUUCAAACUGCUAAAAGUGCUGGGCACGGGUGCAUAUGGCAAAGUAUUCCUGGUGCGUAAGAUCGGCGGUGUGGACCACAACAAGCUGUACGCGAUGAAGGUGCUGAAGAAGUCCACCAUCUGCCAGAAGAAAAAGACGGCCGAGCAUACUAAAACCGAACGACAGGUUCUAGAAUCGAUCAAAACAUCUCCCUUCCUAGUGACGAUGUACUAUGCUUUCCAAACGGACUCCAAGCUGCACAUAAUUCUGGACUACGUGAGUGGUGGUGAACUGUUCACCCAUCUCUACAACAGAGAACAUUUCACCGAGGAUGAGGUGCGAAUAUACAUCGCGGAAAUCAUCGUCGCCCUGGAACAACUUCAUAAGCUGGGAAUCAUCUACCGCGACAUCAAGCUGGAGAACAUCCUGAUCGACGCGGAUGGGCACAUCGUGCUGACAGAUUUCGGCCUAUCUCGGGAGCUCGUGUAUGAAAACGAGCGGGCACACAGUUUCUGCGGUACCAUCGAGUACAUGGCGCCGGAGAUUGUGAAAUCAAACCAGAAUGGUCACGAUGCGUCGGUCGACUGGUGGUCAGUCGGCGUGCUGACGUUCGAACUACUCACCGGCAGCUCACCGUUCAGUUCCGAGGAACUGGCAACCCAGACGGAAAUCUCGAAGAAAAUUACCAACACCGAGGCGAUCAUACCGGAGCAUCUUUCCCGCGAGGCGAAAGAUUUUAUCCGCAAGCUGCUGGUGAAGGAUCCCCGCCGGCGGUUGGGCGGGGGAUCGGCCGAUGCGUCCGAACUGAAAUCGCACAACUUCUUCAAGUCGAUAAACUGGCGUCUGCUGGCGGACAAGAAGAUUGCGGCCCCCUUCAAGCCGGUGAUCGAGAACGAACUGGACACGAAUAACUUUAGCGAUGAGUUCACGCGGCAAACGCCGGUCGAUUCGCCCACCUCCGCGCCACCAAACUCGGAACGAUUGUUUAGAGGUUAUUCGUACGUUUCACCCGGUAUACUAUCGAAUAAAGUCGAUAGAAAUAAGUACGCGAAGAACAAAAACAUGCGACCGCAUGAGGCUUCCAUUAGACGAUUUGUUAGCAGGAGUUCGCCGUUCUACAAAAAAUACGAGCUAUUGUCUGAUCACGCGAUUGGCGAUGGUAUCUUCUCGACCUGCCUCAAGUGUCGUCCGCUUUCGGGCUCUUCCACAAACAGCAAUAGCCAAAAAAGUAACAACCAUAGCAGUAAGUCCCAGAAAUUCGCGGUUAAGGUACUGUUUAACCAUCCGGAGCCUGCGGCGUACGCCCGGCAAGAGAUCGAAACGCUCAAGGCCUGCCAGGGGCACGCGAACGUCGUCCGGUUUGUGGAGGCCCUGAAGGAUUCGAACCACAUCUACAUCGUUUUGGAGCUGCUCGAUGGUGGCGAACUGUUGCAUCGGAUAAACCAGAAUAGGAGUUUUAACGAAAGCCAAGCGCGGCAUUACUUCCGCCAGAUGGUACAGGCGGUCGCGUUUAUGCACCAAAAGGGCAUCGCUCACUGUGAUCUCAAGCCGGAGAAUGUGCUGUUCGAGUCACCCAAUUCGGAGCAUUUGAAGCUGAUCGAUUUUGGGUUCGCGAAAAGCAUCGAGAACAACAACUGUUUGGUUUCGUCUCCGAUUACUGGAACGUUGGGUUAUACUGCGCCGGAGGUGUUCGAAAAUCGAUCGUACGCGCUGGAAUCGAGCGAUCUGUGGUCACUGGGUGUGAUACUGUACACGAUGCUGUGCGGCCAGGCUCCUUUUACGCCGAGGCAAUUUUUCGGCCAUCCAAAUCUAGCCUCGUCCGCGAAACAGAUGGAAAUUAUCACCGACAAGAUUCGACGCGGUUCGUUUGACCUGGCUUCCUCCGCGUGGGUUUGUGUAAGUGAAGAUGCCAAAGACAUAGUCAAAAGUCUGCUGACGGUGGAUCCGGGCAGGCGGAUAGCGAUGGAACAGCUGUUGGUGCACGAUUGGCUGGACCUGUCCCGAACGGCCGAAGUGCAUCGACAGUUGAAGAUGGUUUACGCCCAGCAGAGCCUGCCAGAGCUGGAAGCGAACGUGAGGAAUACAUACGAUGCGUUCCGGCGGGCAGAGGAGGAAGGCUUCCGACUUCGGGAGGUAAGUCGGGGGAACAGGAAACAGCGGCGGUCGAAUGGAACCAAAUCGAAGAAUUCGACCGAGAGCCAGUACAGUAGUUCGAUGGAGGAAAGCACCUCCAGUGGUAUUGGAAGAAGCAAAUCGAGCAAGAGUAGUUCUAUUUCUGACAAUAACCAGCGGACUGCCAGCGUUUCCAGCAACAAUUCCGAAGUGGUGGUGAUAGACGAACCAGAAGACGAAGACGACGAGGAUGAGAUUGAGCUGAAGCCAACGAAACCGGCGAAGCCAACGACUGAAAGCAAUAACAAUGACGUGAAAAAGUUGAGCUCGUCGAAGGUGGAAGACGAGCCGGAUGAAAUCGACGAUUUCCUAGUGGAUCAGAUACUCCAUGAUGUCGAGGAGGUCGUUGAGGAACAACAGGCGGAGACGAGGAGGCAACAGGCAAGGGUGGUGGAAGCACGAAGAAGUAAAUCAUGUGACAGCGAAACCAGCAGUAGUACUGUUCCUCUGGUGUAUGAAAACAUGAGUCCUCAGCCGCAGCAGGAACAACUUCCUGUCGCGACUGAAGAGAAGGAUGAUGAUGAGGAGGAGAAGGAGGAGGAAGAGGCGGAGGAGGACGAUGAGGAGGUAGUCGAAUUUUUAGAUUUAGAGGAAGCAUUCGAUCAUAAUAUUUCAUCCUGUUCGGAAGAAUCGAUGGUGGAAGGCUUGAGGGCCUCGAUCGAUGCCGAACAACUAGAGUUGGGUUUCGACGAGUUCAUAUUCCGCGGGUUCGAAGAAUCUGAGUUGAACGACCGUGAAAUCCCAAUCAGUCUCAGUUUCACAAUCAAUCCUUUGGGUAGAUUACGCAAAAGACGACUCGAGCAGGAGGAAAUACCAAACCGAAAACCCAAACGGUUACGACCGACCGUUAAUUAUGUAUAUUAGAAUUGUUCGUCAUCCGUCGUUCGGACACUUCCGCUUCGUACUUGCAUAAACAACCUUUUCUAUACUUGUUUGAGACGGUAUACGCAAUCAAGCAUCUCUUGAAGCAAAGGGACACUCUGGUAGUAAGACAUGGAACACCAUUAAGUGCACUUAUUAGACUUGUUACUAUAUAUAGAGUACGAGCAGAGAGCGAAGUGUUAACGAUGGGGAAAACACAUUGUUAAAAUAAAUGUACGCCAACCGAACGAACCACAACUUUUUAAGACCGUGUAUCAUAUACAACACAAUGACAGCAGAGAUGUCCUCUAUGUUCAGAGUUCAAUUUGAAGGCGCGUGAAUUUGACAUUCGGAGGGGACGGCUUCCCGCUGUUGUAACCAAACGACAACAAAAAUCCGGUUUCUAGCUGGUGGAACCAAAACACCAUUAUGUCACGAAUAAGGUGAAUUAAUUAUUUUUUAUUUUUCCCCAAAUUGAAAACUGCCAGUUUCGUCUAUCACAACACGUAUUUAACCUGUGAGCUGAGUGCGAUGCGUCGUAUUUAUAUUUAUUUACCACUCAACGAUUCCAUCAUGGUCAUCCAUCCAUCCAUCCAUCUUCCCGAAUCGCGCUUAUCUCAUUCACUCAUUCAGACCAAAACCGGGGGACUGUUAACCACUUAUCAAUUGUAGUAGUAGCUAUAUAAAAGAAGAGCCUUCGGAAGGAAUAUGCCUUAAAUCAUAUCACCAAAAGCGAAACAUAAACAAGCAAGCAAAAGAAACAAAAAAAAAACAAUGAGCGAACAGUUAGCGAGCGAAUUCCGGAGUGUAUUACCAUACAUUUGGUUUGUUUUUCGUGAUUGUUUUCAGUUUCGAAUUUUUCGAAUUUCUACCUGGGAAACAGACCUUUCAUCAGAAAUCCAGUGUGAAUGAAAUUUUCAAUAUGUCUUCAGUGAAGGAGAUAAUGUUUUUAUCCAAAUUAACCACUAUGACUCAAGAAUAAUGUUUCAAAAUACGUAUUUUUUUCGAAAAUCAGAACUCGAAAACUGUUGGUUGUAGCGGAAUGGUCUCUGAGAGAAAGUUGUAGACAAUUUAUUGUUCUCUGAAUAAAAAAUACACUUAAUGUGUUUUUCCUCGGUUUCAUUAUGAUUGAACAUGAUAAUAAUACAGAAAUGUAAUUAAAGGCAAGUAGCAGUUUAAAGUUAUUACACCCGUUUCUUCAUUAAUCUCAUUAAUCAUCAGUGCCCUGAUGAGACUAAAAUGAAAUUAUGGGCCCUAUUCCAGAAAACGAGACGAGCAGACGAGCGCUCGUCUCGUUUGUUUUCAUAUUCCAGAAGCCGAGCUCGACUAAAAACAGACGAGCAGCUCGUCUAGUUCGACGACCGUUUGGCCGCGCUCGUCAAUGAAUCAGUCGAAUCGUCUAGUUUGUUAGAUGUGUUUGUUCACCUUGUUGAUUGAAAGCAUCGGUAUUCUUCUGCUCCGCCUUUAUCUUCAAGAAUGGUUUCACGGCUAAACUAGUAUUGCAUAAGCAAUGUAUGUUUUCAACUGCAAUCAUCAAAUUCAAUUCAGUAAUUGCAAGAUUUUAUAGAUUUUCAAAUGGGCCUCUUCCAAACAACACAACCAAAUGUCGAAAAGGGUCUUCACAUAUUGAACGAAAAUGAGUAAUUCAAAACAACUACUUUAUUGGAAAUACAUAUAUAUAUAUAGAUGAAUCGUUGAAUAGGUGAACAAACAUUGCCCCCAAUAAAUCCAUAAUAACAAAACGUCUGAGUGAUGAAACCAUAUGCUCGAGGAAAAAUAUCAAUGAAACCAAAAGAUAUAUGAAACUUAUUCCUUUUUGUUUUUUUUUUUUAAAAUUUUGGCACUGAGAAAAGAGUAUUGAUUGAUCAAUUUUAAAAUUGUUUGUUGUUUUUCUCAAAACAAAAACAUGUCUUCUCAUCUGACAUCACUGAUCAUACCGAGAAAAACUGACUGAAGUCUCUCCAGUUUACCAAACAAAACAUUUCAAUGAAACUCGUGUACUGGAAUGGGAUAUUUUGCUCGUCUCGACAGUGACUGAAACCGAGACGAGACGAGACGAAUUGCUCGUCUCGUUUUCUGGAAUAGGGUCCUAUGUGAGUGUUGCAUGGAAAAAAAAUAAUGGGCCAUUUUGUGACUGCGGUCUCCUUGGAUUUGGAUUUUUCAAAACCUACUGUAUUCUACUAGUCAAGCCCUUCCAUUUGAUACCCAUAUUGAUUGGGUUUUGGAAAAAAAAUAAUCCCCAUUUUGUGGUGGCGGCCAUUUUGGAUUAUCAUUUUUCGCAAAUAACUGUGUUUUAUUUGUCAAGAAUCAUUGGCAUUAAAAAAUGGACUUUUAUCGGAUGGUGAUAAAAAGAACUAAGACAGAUAAAUGAGUUUGAUAAAUUUCCCAAAGAAGGUAAUUAUAUAAGCUUUCUUGCAAAAAAAAGGUACGCCCUUGCGAGCGGCCUUCCGGCAGUUAACCGGAACAUUCGCCAUGGUGGACGAAAACCAGUCGUUACCAUCCAGGGUGUGGUAGGUCUCGUCGUCCAUGAAUCCCGCCAUGUCGCGAUUCGCUGGGGAAUCGACUUGACCAUCUUAUUCAGCCGCUGCCGCUGCAUCAUUACCUGCAGCUCCGAGGCCAGUGGACGGUACCUCCGGUUUCUGACAUGUAUGUCCAUGUUCGCCAGGUACUUUUUCAUUGUUUUGGCCGGUUGCACCGACCUCUCGGCCAAGCGCACGCAGCGAUGUUGCCAGUUUCCCUUGGAGAUACUUUAGAACUUCUUGUCGCUCAGGGUCGUCGGCCGUCCGGAACCGGGCUUUCAUUCGAUGCUCUGAUUGUAGUCCAACAGUGCCAAGAUGUUGUAGAUGACGGAACGGGCGUAUCCGGCGUCCACAAAGUGCAGCACGAUGUCGGUUUCGACGCGGCGGGGUACCGUCCUUUGAACGCGCACACUUCUGAACGGAGUAGCUUCACUGUUUUCGCCAUCACGGUGUUCGACUGAUAGCCAUCACGGAGUUCGACUGAUAGAGCUGUCAUUUUUUUUCUGCUGACUCAUGGGUUACUAUGAUUGAUGCUGCAUGGGUAGUUUCGUCAGUGCGUGUGAAGGUAAACCCAUGAAAAGUCGGCAAUUUUCCAUAGCCAAUGGCAUCAUUUGUACGCAAUCUAUAUCGAUUUAUUAUCGAUAGUUCGUUUUUCACUAGAGGCUUCGAUUAGAUCAGCAGUAGAAUAGAAACGGAAAAUAGUGUUUUUGGUAAGCGAGCGAUAACAUUCUACACCUGCUUCACGAUUAUAACCAAAUGGAUUUCCAGUUCAGGUCUCGGUUAUUUAAGGUACUUUAACCUGAAGGUUAUUCGUCCAGCACAAAUAAUACCCUCCCACCCCACCAAUUACAAUCAUCAAUCGAUUGCGGCGUUGGAGUUCAUGUGAUAUUAUAUGAAAUAUUCUCUAUUCGUUUCUGCUAAAGCCUCCGUUCAGUCCGGCGGCCGAAACGAAAUCGGGUUGGGAGAGAAGAGCAUAAUGCAUAGGCCUGUGAGCGAGACCAUCCUCAUGUCACAUCGCAAUCACAACUCAAUGAAUUUCCGAGCGGGCGCCAGCCUAUAUACAGAUUGGUGUGAUUUCAAUGAUCUGUUUCAAAGCAACUUUUGAGCUAUUGAAUCAAAAUUUCGGGCCAAUAAUUAACAAGCAUAUUACUGUUGGAAAUUUUAUUUUCAAUCGAAAUGAUUAUCAUACCACUCUGUUCAGCCGGCAAUAUAAAUUACGCGAUUCUUUUGUGCGCACGCAUCGAUCCCACAAGAAAAAAAUUCACUGUAAUGAGAAUGCUGAUCGCUAUGAGCGUUUGAUUCGGACAGUCUUAAGAAUGUUAUAGAAAAUUUCGUAAAUACUUUGAUAGUUAUUUUCCUAUAUUUAUUAUUAUCAAUUUAAGGGUUUAAAAACAAAAUCUAGAAAUUUUACAUUGAGGGAAUUCCAACUGUUUCUCAGACACUAUUCCACUACAAUCAACGGUUCUCGAGCUAUGGUUCACGAAGAAAUGCAUAUGCGAAAACACACAUGACUUUUCGAAAAAUUUAUCUUGAGUUGCAAAGGUGGUCAAUGGGAUGGAUCGUUAUUUCGGUGUAGGAAGCAGCGACAUAUUGAAAAUUGUAUUCGAAUCGUUGGAGGUUGUGUUGAGUGGUUUACUCAUCAAAAUUGCUCAACAUCUGUCAUUCUCGCAUCACGGUGGAACUUAAAAUUAAAGCAUAGGACAAAAAUAGGGGCUGGACACGGAUGCGUAUGACUCAAUGUGUUCCGGUGAAAACAUCAAAACUUUUUUUUCGAUGGGAAAAGACGUUGGUACAGGGAUGAUGAGGUUUUUUUAUUGUUCUUAACAAUUAAUUAUUUAUCAUCUGUAGCGCGUGUAAAUAGAGACAGUAUGUAUAAAUGCUGUGUGACCAAGGCAAACUUAGUAGAAAGUGUACCGAAGCCAUCCCACCAUAAGUUGUGUUCUGUUGCAUCCGGAUUAGAUCCCCAGAAUUGUUCUGGGUUAGUUUCCGAAUGCAACGAACAUGCUCUAGUAGGGAUGUGCAAUGCAAUCGCGAAGUGAAAACAAAACAACAAAUUAGUAAAGGCGCUAUGCCAAAUAGUAUCAAUCGAGUGUGUUUGCAUGUGUGUGUCUAGUUGAUAAGAAGAUAAAAAUGGGUAUUCGCGAGUCUGCAUGUGUGUGUUGUGUGUGUGCGUGUGUUGGACUGUAAUUAAAGAAGUAGAUGCGGUUGGGGGCGGUAUAUCUCACGAAGAAAUGUUGUUUAUUUUAGAUCAAGGAAACAGUACUAGUAGACCAUAUUACAAAAAAACAAAAUUUAUAUAUAUAUAUAUAUAUAUAUAUAUCAUCGAUGAUAAGACCAUGCUAAAAAUAAUAAUUUAUGAAAAAGUGCAGACAAACAUAUUCUGAAAAACACAACACAAUACAAAUACAAAAAAAAAGAGAAACGUUAGUUAGUUUAAUUGAAUAGAGUGACCAGAGGUAGAGAAUAAAACAAAACAAAAACAUAUGUUCUUAGCGAAAUAGAUAAUGCGAAAGAGACAGGCAGAGGAAAGCUAGCCGUAUUUUUAUUAACAAGUAAUUUAAAAAACACAUAAUUACCAUCAUGUAAUCAUUUUAGCUGUAUUCUAUAAUUAGCGACAAAUACACAGAAGAUUGCAUCAGAGAUAAAGAUACCAAUCUAACAAUAUGUACAUCCGGUAGGACAGGACAAAUUUAACAUUGGAUUGACGCAACAGUUAGUGGAAAUCCUUUUAGUUACAAGUAUAAGUUAAUUGAAUAGACGUUUUUUAGUUAAUUGCAAUUGUUUUUUCUUGCUUAGUUCUAAGCGCACUUUUUUCUAUUAUCAAAUUGAACGAUGUGUUACGAUGAGGAGGAGGACGCGAAGGUUAAACACUUUUAUUUGAAUGGAAACAAAUUAUAAAUAAAAUUUUGAAUGAAAAUAUCUAUGAA